CUCUUCCUUCUACAGGAAGGAAGAACCUCUGAAGAUGUCAUCCAAUAAUGACCCUGUUACAGUCCCAAUAUUAGAAAUAAAUCCUAGUGACCUUCCUGAAAUGGACACCAGUGACCUGAACUCAUUGGCUGAAGAGGCUGUGUUAAGUUUUCAUAACAUCAGCUAUCAGGAAACAGUGCAAAGUUGCUUUCUGUUUUCUAAAAAAACAAGUGUGAGAGGAAAACUAUCAAAUAUCAGUGGGAUCAUGAAACCUGGCCUCAAUGCAAUUAUGGGACCACAAGAUGGAAGCAGAUCUUUGUUAUUAGAUGUCUUAGCUGCAAGAAAAGAUCCACAUGGAUUAUCAGGAGAUAUUUUGAUAAAUGGAAAACCUCGACCUGCUAAUUUCACAUGUACUUCUGGUUAUGUGCCACAAAAUGACGUGGUGAUGCGCACGGUGACUGUGAGAGACAACAUAGAGUUCUCAGCUGCUCUUCGACUGCCAAUGACUAUGGCAAGAGAUGAAAAAAGAAGGAGAAUUAAUGAGGUCAUUGAACUUCUGCAUCUGGAUAAAGAGUCAAAUGUUAAGCCUAGAUCUAAAGAGCUCAGGAAAAGGACCAGUAUAGCAAUGGAGCUGGUCACCGAGCAUCCCAUUUUGUUCUUGGAUGAUCCCACCACUGACUUAGACUUGAGCACUACUACUGAUGUCAUCUCGGUCCUGAGAAGGAUGUCUAUGAGGGGACGGACAAUCAUCUUUUCCAUUUAUCGGCCCCAGUACUCCAUCUUCAGACUGUUUGACAGUCUCACCUUAGUGGCAUCAGGAAAUGUCAUGUUUCACGGGCCUGCACAGAAGGCUUUGGAGUACUUCAAAUCCGCAGGUUACAACUACGAUUCCCACAACGACCCCGCAGACUUCUUCCUGGAAAUCAUUAAUGGACAUCAUUUCUCUGCUCUAUUAGACACAGAGGAAGAUGGCCAUGGAUCUGAUGAACAUAAAGAGCUUUCUGAGAGACAGCACCAAGUCACAGAAGAAUUAGCCAAUAUAUAUGCCCAGUCCUCCUUAUACAGUGAAAUGAGAACUGAACUGGAUCCACUCUUGGGGGAACAGAAUGCAGGGAGGAGCUCAGCCUUGGAGGAGAUCAUGUGGGUCACCCCUUUCUGGCAUCAAUUCUGGUGGAUUAUCUGUCGAUCAUUUAAAAACAUCAAGGAUUUUCGAAGGAUGAUUAUAAUUAAGGCAUUUAUCAUAUUCAUACUGCCUGUGUAUAUGCGUAUCAUUUUACAUGUCCAAAGAAAUGACUGUUCUGAAGUCCACACCAGAGCCUACUUGCUCUUCUUGCUCACAGUCAUCCAGUGUAUUGUAAGUGUGACUGAAGGAGAGGUUCUCAUGAUUGACAGGGAUCACUUUCCACAUGAGUAUACCAGUGGAUACUACAGAGUGUCAUCGUAUUUCCUUGGGAAAUUGCUCGGUGAGCUGGUACCCAGGAGGUUAUUGCCAAGUAUUAUAUGUACUGUUAUAGUAUUCAUCAUAACAGAAGUAAACACAGAUGUGAAGGGUUUUUUCGCUAUGAUAUUUACCAUCAUGAUGUUGACUUGUUCCGCCAGUUCCCUAAUGCUGUCUCCAGGGGCAGGGCAGAUUGCAGUGGGUGUACCAACAAAAUUCCUUGUGACCAUUUACUUUGUGAUCAUGCUGUUUACCUUAGGUUUGUCAGUAUUUUUAGUAAACGGCAUACAGGGCGUCAGAUGGAUUCAGUACUUUAGCAUUCCGCAUUAUGGAUUUACAGCUUUGCUGCACAAUGAACUCCUGGGACAAAACUUCUGUCCAGAAAACAAAACAGCAGAAUUCAGUAAAUGUCAGAACAUAGUAAUAUGCACUGGAGAAGAAUACUUGGCAAUCCAGGGCAUUGACCUCUCAUCGUGGGGCUUCUGGAAAAAUCACGUGGCCUUAAGUUGUAUAACAAUUAUCCUCUUCUCACGUAACUAUGUGGAGUUACUAGCUUUUAUGAAAAUGAGACAUUUUUUAAAACGGUCUUGCACUUUCAUUGAAGUAAUAUGGCCUUAAAAAAAUUAAAACUUUACCAAUCGGUGACCAUGUCUGAGGAGCAGUAGGUAGCUCUUGAAUUUCAGGAGUUUGGCCCACCAGAAUUCAAGGCACUGAUGGGUGGAUCAUGGAUAGGCAAGGCCCCAAGGGCUUUGGCUCCAGAAUGUCUCUUGCUACUGCUGUGCCUUUACAUUUUUGCUGCUGCCAUUUUUCUCUGGUAUUUGCCAUGGUGUGAAUGAGUGUGAAGGGAUUCCCCUGUUUUUGAUGUAGUGUGAUUAUCUCAUGGAAAUACCAUGAACUACAAGGCAGUUGUACCUAUAGAUUAUAAUGAAGAUGAUUUCCUCAUAAGCUGUAUUGUGUAAUUUAAGUAAUGAUUUUACAAUAAUAGUGGUAGUUCAAAUUGAAUUUUGAUGAUCAUGGAUUUUUAUCAAAUGUAGUAAGUGAUUAUGAUAGAGGUUAGUUUAGUGCAAAAGUUAAUAUAGGUAAACAUAGGAAAUAGUAUUGUCCAAAGCCCUGAUACAGCAGGGACUGGAGAGGAUAGAAAAUAGAAACAAGGAAUUGUCAUAAAACUAAAUGUUAAUAAUUUCUCUUAAAAAACAUAUAGACUAUUGCUUAGGUUAAUAAUUAUGGAAAACAAUUGAAUCCCGGGAGUCUGCUCAAAUUCUUUUUGAUAUUGGGAAAUGUGUUCUCAGUUUUCAGUGUGCACCAUAGCUGAAAGAGAGCUGAAAAACAAUUGACUUCAUGUAACUAGAAAAGAAAGAAUGUUAUGGUUAAUUAUCAAAAUGGGACAGACUCUAAAAUAUGAAAAGUGAACCUAGUAGUCUGUUUUUCAGACAGUUAUAAAAACUACUGCCUAGGUAAGUAGUUAUGGCUGAAAGGCUCCUGAUCUACGAGAAGUCUAAAAGAUAAAUAUUUAACUGUAUGUGGGUGCUUGAGGAUAGUUUAUUUUUCACCUGUAAUACAUAGAAUGUUUAAUCAUGUAAGGGAAAUGGGAAUCAUGCUGUUUCUUACUUGUAUUCGUUGUAAUCAUUCAGUAAAAAAUAAAAUGUAACCACAUUGUGAUUUUUAUAUUGUUUAAAUAUUCUGGUGGGGUACAGAAGUUUUAAGGAAAAAAAAUAGCGAGAAAAAAACAGGAAGUGGAGGAAAAGGUAGUCAUCAGGAUGUAGAGGAGAAGGAAGUCAUUAGGAAGUAGAAGAGAAGGAAGACAUCAGGAAAGAGAAAUAAGAAAAAAAUCAGGGUAGAACAACAGAAAAGAAAAAUAUAGGGUAGAACAAGCAAGAGAAAGAAGAAUAAAAUGAAUAACUAAAUUUUGGUCCUUGUG